UCAAAAGGCCAUCUCCCUUAGUUUAUACCCUUUUGACAAGACUCCAAAAGCAAAACAAGCUAUGAUUGUGUAUCAAAUUAUUUUCUACUAACUAAUCCUCUCCCAUCUUUACUGUCAAGCAAUGUAGGAGUAAUUUAGUUAUAGGGAAUUUUUUUUUUUUUUUUAUCUCAGUUGAGAUCCUGGUUUUUGAUAAAAAGCCUUCCCAAGUUGUGCCUGAAGGCAUCUCCCUUGGCUACAAAAGCAACAGGCUGAGAUAUCAAGCCACUGACAUCUCUCUCUCUCUCUCUCUCUCUCUCUCUCUUCCAUUUUUUGUACAACUUCCCUUAGUUUUGAAGCUCAGUGGCGUUACUGUCUUUUCAAACACAUCAUUCGAUCUACACUAUCACUAUGUCCCCAAAAAUGGGUUUUGUGUUGGUUAUUUUCCUCCUCUGCAGCUCUGGAGCAUUGGCCUCUGACCCAGAUCCAGUGCAAGAUUUCUGCAUACCAAACACAGAAAUACUUCACUCCAAUUUCCACCAAUGCAAAAACGCAUCGGCAGCCACCGUAGACGAUUUCGUGUUUUCCGGCAUAAAAAACCCUGGAAAGAAACUUGGAAAAUCCGAUUUUCUGGCAAUGCCAGUGAACGCGGGUGUGUUUCCGGGACUAAACACGCUGGGAAUGUCGUUUGUGCGCGCUGAUUUCGGCCCAGGUGGUGUCAAUGUUCCGCAUUUUCAUCCAAGAGCGACGGAGAUGGCUUUCGUGCUGGAGGGGAAGAUCUAUUCCGGAUUCGUCGAUUCGACAAAUCGGGUUUUUGCCAAAGUGAUUGAGAAAGGAGAGGUGAUGGUGUUUCCAAGAGGGUUACUUCAUUUUCAAAUGAAUGUUGGGGAUUCACCUGCUACUAUUUUGGGGAGCUUUGACAGCCAGAAUCCUGGGCUUGUGAAAAUCCCGAAUGCCGUGUUUGGUUCGGAGAUUGAAGAAGAGCUUUUGGAGAAGGCUUUUGGGUUGAGUUCUAAGGAGAUUGGGAAGAUGAGGAAGAAGUUUGGGACCCAACACUAGGGUUAGAGAAUCAAGAAGAGGUUUUCGGUUCUUUCAGGCGGUGUUUGGAUCGUUAAUUUGUCGAGGGAUUUACAGGUGAAAAUGAAAACGAUGCCGAACCCGAAAACGUGAAUUUAGCUUCAUGAUUUCGUUAUUUUCUCAAGUAAAUUACUUCACUGACCUGUGAUCCAAACACAACCAAAGAUACCGCUGCAGAGACUGGGGGGGGGGGGGGGGGGGGGGGGCAUUUUUGUCAAUUUACAUCCUUUGAUUGGUAGGAAGAGGUGAUAUUACGGUAGGAAAGUAUAGGCAUCAUGCAAGAGCAAUAAAUUUCUUAUUUUGUAGUUUCCAUAUCAAUAAAUUUGAAGUCAUGUUUUAGUA